AUGAUGCAAUACAUUCACAUCCCUUACAACAACAUGGAAUGGGUUGAGGUGCCCAAGGUCAUCAUGGUUGAUCAACUGUGGAUGUGGAUUCUUGACAAGAACACCAUUCUUACCAGCUUCCCCCAAAGAUACGGAGAAGAUAGGCAGAACGCCUCUGGGGUGCACAAGUCCAUACGAAGAAGACUGGAACAAGCAAAAAGCAAUCAAAUCCGGUCUGUUUUUGACUUGGCUCUGGUCAUUCUCGACGAAUGCGCGAACGAUGUAUUCAACCAAGAAGCAGCCCAGGAUCCAAAGCCACCAAUUAUAGACAUUUUCUCGCGGUCUAUCGGCGACUUGGCACAUAGACAGAAGUUAUCGCGGGAUGGAUUGAGAGAGCUGACUGCCUCGGCUUCACUUCUGCACAAGUCCACGCCUCAAAAGGCAAGACGAAUUGUACAGCAGCUCACCAGAGUCAACUUCGAGGGGUUGUUCCUGGACGACAUCACCAAAAUUGUCGAUGAGCUCAACAUAAUGAUCAACAACAGCAGGCAGCAUAGAGAUAUCAUCGGAAAGUUUAUACAGCACGCUGAAAACAUCUUGAACCCUGAAGGGCUCUUGAAAGACGAGAAAUCAAGAGCCUUCGAUACCGCCGAUUCCAUUGCUAGCCCGUCGGAAAAUGGAAAGUUCUCAACGUCGAGCACGGAAACAAGACUGGCGAUAGACCAGUUUUUUUGGUUUCAGAGGCAGGCUGGUGACCUGCUCAUCCGUGUUGACAACAGAAUCACGGAGUUGUUAGGCUUACUCAACCGAGCCGAAAAAACGUCCAAAGCUAUCAACGAGCUACACACUCUUAUCCUGCAACAAGCAAGUGUUCUUCAAGCCUGGCAGGCAGGCGAAGAAGUUGGCGAAUCUUUGCAGCACGGUAGAUCCAUCAUGGUCUUCACCAUAGUCACAAUCAUCUUUCUCCCACUAUCCUUCAUGUCUAGCGUAUUCGGCAUGAACAAUUCCAACAUAGGCGACAACCAGAUGUCUUUCCGCGAACAAGCUAACUACAUGUUCCCGAUAUCUGCUGGCGUCAUUCUGAUCUCAAUAAUUUUCGCGUUUUGGCGGUUCCCCCGGACUAUCUUCUGGUCCGCGUACAAAGUCACCGAAACCUGGCUGCUGGUAAACACAGGCCUUUAUGGCUUGUGGCUCUACCUGGUGGAGAAGUCCCAAUUCUUCAAAAUCGAUGUUCUUCUCAAUAAGUUGGAACAGAAUAUCGAGGAAAUGAAGGAGGAAUCCAUCAUGGCUCGCUUCGCUGUCCUUGCUGUCGCUCUCUACGCCGCCCUCGCGCAAGCCGCUCCGGCCCAAACGAACUGCUCAGUUCAGAUUCAAGACUCCGCCGGGGGAGGUACGGCCGCCGCAUGCUCGGAAGCCAACGUUAGUGCGGGUGUGACACUUGUCAACGGCCCGCACGUCCAGUACACUCUGAGUCCGACAUGCGAGCUCACCAUCACGAACGGACCGUUCGACUCCGUUACGGCCACGGCAUCGGUCAAGAACGGCGCUUGUUAG